AUGUUGGCUGAUGAACAAAAGCACAUAAGGGAAUUAGCUUUAAGGCGGAUAUUAAAAUGCAGAGCUAAUGAUGCCACUCUAAAUACUGUUCGAGUCUUCAAAGUUCCAAAGCUAAACUUUGAUGCGAUCAACUAUUACGACAUGAUCGAUUGGCAUGCAACCGAGAUCACAGAGCCACCCCUUACAAAAGAUAUCACAACUGAAGCUUUAGAACAGAUGAUAAUGGAUAUUCCUAAUAACAUUGAAUUUUUGAAGUUGCCUUACCAUACUCAGGCAGUAGAAAGAAUGAUAAAAUUAGUUACAGAAGCGUCACUUUCAGUUUGUGGAGAAAAAGCAAGAGAUGGCUUUAUUCGUACUAAACUUGCACCUCAAAAUGAUAUACCAAAAUUUGAAACUAAAAAACACUUCAUUAUUUAA